AUGGAAGAUAAUAAAAACACGCAAGUUGAAAAUCAAAAUAUUAACGAUGAGAAAAAUACUAAAAAAAAGAACAAGAACAAGAAAAAACGUAGCGGUGAUGGGGAUCAUCGGGCACCGGGUUCUGCAGAUGGUACAGUCGCUCUACCGACCUCUACAGACGGACAACAAAAUAUUUACGUUAAAGACCUUAAAAUUGCAAUGGAAGUGUUAAAUUUACAACAAAAACCUGCUAAAACGACCGAAGAAGCCUUGCAUAAGUCAUACCAAUUUUGGUCUACUCAACCAGUACCGAAAAUGGAUGAAAAAAUUAUCACCAAUGAACCCAUAGAAGGACCUAAAACAGCAGAGGAAAUAAGACAAGAGCCAUAUACUUUGCCUGAUGGAUUUCAAUGGGAUACAUUAAAUCUAAAUGAUCCUCUUGUACUAAAGGAAUUGUAUACAUUGCUAAAUGAGAACUAUGUUGAAGAUGAUGACUGCAUGUUUCGUUUCGAUUAUCAAACAGAGUUUUUAAAGUGGGCUUUACAGCCUCCAGGCUGGAAAAUGGAAUGGCAUUGUGGAGUGAGAGUUGUAAAAUCAGGGCGUUUAGUUGGUUUUAUUUCAGCUAUUCCAGCCCAAUUGAGAAUUUAUGAUAAGGUAGAAACAGUUGUAGAAAUAAAUUUUUUAUGUGUUCAUAAAAAGCUCCGUGCUAAAAGAGUUGCCCCUGUACUUAUUAGGGAGAUAACGCGCAGAGUUAACUUAACAGGUAUCUUUCAAGGAGUGUACACAGCAGGAAUAGUGUUACCGAAGCCAAUUGGAACAUGCAGAUACUGGCAUAGAUCUUUAAAUCCAAAGAAGUUAAUUGACAUUAAAUUUAGUCAUCUAUCUAGAAAUAUGACCAUGCAAAGAACUCUUAAACUUUUUAAACUACCGGACUUACCUAAAACGCCUGGCUUUCGUAAAUUGGAACCUAAUGAUUGUGACCAAGCUGUUAAACUACUGAAUAGUUACUUGGAGAAGUUUGAUUUGGUGCCAAUAUUUUCAGACGUGGAUUUUAAACAUUGGUUUAUGCCUAUACCGGGUAUUGUAGAUAGUUUUGUUGUGGAGGCGGAGGAUGGUUCUAUUACAGAUUUUGUUAGCUACUAUACUCUUCCCUCGACCGUUGUCUAUCAUCCGGUUCAUAAAACACUUAAAGCCGCUUAUUCCUUUUACAAUGUGUCUACUAAAACCCCUUGGGUCGAUUUGAUGCUUGAUGCUUUAAUAACUGCUAGAAAUUUAGGAUUUGAUGUGUUUAAUGCAUUAGAUCUGAUGGAGAACAAGGAAUUCUUAGAACCUCUAAAGUUUGGUAUUGGUGAUGGAAAUUUGCAAUACUAUUUGUAUAACUGGAGAUGUCCAAGUUUACCCCCAAACAAAAUUGGCUUGGUUCUCCAAUAA